AUGAGCAUCAGGCCAUCACCGCCGCGCCGUAGGUUCAGCAAUGCAUGCAACAGAGGUGGUGUGUCAUGGCUCCAAGCCUUCCACUACCUCCAAGUCAUCCACACUCUCGCAUGGACACGUACAAACACUACAACCUCCCACCAUGUUCCCGAGGUUGUCUUCGAGGACCCGGCCGCCUUGUGCUGCGGAUUGGAGGAGGUCGCGGAAGCGUUUCGAGCCUUGCGCGCUUGCAGUCCCGAGCACAUCGAGGAGCCGCUUCUGACCGACGCAGCGCUGCUGUGCGCGGCUGGGGAGGCCCCUGCAGGGGUCGUCUGUCUGCAGCUGCGCCAGAGGUACUUCGGCCGCCUGGAGGUGCGCAGCGCGGUGCUGGUGGACACGGACGAGAGCGGGCGCAUCACGCGCUUCGAGGAGAGGUGGAACAUGGCGCCGUUGGUGACGGGAGCUCUGUUCCAGUGGACGCGCAGGUUGAACGGCAAACUGAGUUUCGCACUCACGCCGCGAUUGCUGCGGACUCCGUGUUGA